GUGUGUUUUUCUAUCACUGCAGCAUCAGCAGAGAAGAGAGGGUGCAAUCAAUUUCAUAGAGAAGAGGAAGAAAAGGCACAAGUAGAUAAGAAGAGAGGGAGAAAAAGGACACAAGGAGUUGCAAGACGAGAGUAGCUACAUUGUGGAGAGAGGAGAUCUGCAGGAGGGCAUUGACCCAAUUUAAGGAGGAAAACCAAAAGAAAACCCGAAGACAAGCAGGACCAAAGACAUAUGCAGCAAAGCCAAGGCCUCUUGCACAGGAAACAAAGCCUGACACCUGCUCAGCUUGAGUGUGUGUGAAAAAGCGAGGCUGCCUCUGUGUGCAUUUUACUGGGUGUGUGUGAGCAGGUGGGACUUUGAUGGGACAGUGAGCAAUGCCUCACUCGCAGCGACAGCAGGUUUGCAGUAGGGGGCAGCGCUCCUCCCACCUCCCCCUUGUCCUCGCCCUCCUUUCCCUUGCUGCCCAGCCCAGCCAAGCAGCUAUAGAAAUACCCAGCAACUACCACAUAAGUAAUUUUAAGGAGCCUCCUGUGAUCACCAAACAGCCGGAGUCUGUCACUGUUUUCGGCGUUGAGGACUUUGUUAUGAGCUGCGAAGCCUCUGGCAACCCUCCACCCAAUUUCCGAUGGACAAAGGAUGGAGAGGAGUUUGACCCAGGCAAUGACCCAGAGCUCAAGGUUGUAAAUCCAUUUACAUUCUACACGCUCAGUAAUACUGUGGACACUCUGAAGAAAUACGAAGGCAGAUAUGUCUGCUAUGCAUCCAAUGAGCUGGGGACAGCCGUGUCUAACGAGGCCAUACUUCGCACAGAUGUACCCCCUUCCCAGCAGAAAGAAAAAAAAGCUAGCCUGAAAGCUGAAGAAGGAAACAGUAUGGUCCUGAAGUGUAAUCCCCCACAGAGCUCCAUGGAGCCCAUCAUUCACUGGAUGGACUUUAGGCUGCAUCAUAUCCAGCUUAGUGAUCGGGUGAUGGUGGGGAAGGAUGGCAACUUAUACUUUGCUCAUUUGACUCUUGAGGACAGUAGGAACGACUACACCUGCAACGUCCAGUAUUUGAUGACACGCACAAUUCUGGCAAAACAACCCAUCUCUCUGAACGUUUACCCCUCUAAUUCACUGCGGAACCGGAGACCACAAAUGAUGAGACCUUCUGGAUCCAAGAGCACAUACCACGCCCUCAAGGGCCAGACAUUAGAGCUCGAGUGCAUCGUCCAAGGCCUUCCAACCCCUAAAGUGAUUUGGGUGAAGAAGGAUGGGGAGCUGUCGGCAUCUCGGACUGUAAAAGACAUGUUUAACCGCCGUCUGCGCUUUAAUGAUAUCUCAGAGAAUGAUGGGGGUGAAUACCAGUGUAUAGCUGAAAACACCCAAGGGAAGGCCACACACACCUAUGUAUUGACUGUAGAAGCUGCUCCUUACUGGAUUAAAGAGCCAGUCAGUCAGUUAUAUGCCCCAGGUGAAACUGUCAGACUAGACUGUCAGGCAGAUGGCACCCCUGCUCCUACUAUCAGCUGGACCAUCAAUGGGAUCCCCCUCUCAGCAACUGAUGAGGACUCGAGGCGAAUUGUUACUUCAAGUGGAUCAUUGAUCCUAAAGGAUGUUAACUUUGGAGACACAGCCAUCUACCAGUGCAGGGCCUCCAACAAACAUGGAAACAUCCUCACCAACACCAAUGUCUAUGUCAUCGAGUUGCCUCCCAUCAUCCUUACUGAAGAUGGAAAAACAUACUUACACACUGAAGGCCAGAAGGCUUCACUAGAGUGCGAGACCUUUGGCUCUCCUAAACCUAAAGUUAUGUGGGAGAGAGGGACAUCCCUUCUGUCUGACCCUAGAGUUAACCUACUCAUCAAUGGGGGCCUUGAGAUCUCUAAUGUCACUCACGAUGAUAAGGGACUCUACACCUGCUAUGUGGACAACACUAACUUGUCAAUCAGUGUUGAGCUGGAGAUUUUCAACAGGACAGUGAUCCUGUCACCACCACAGGCUCAAAAGGUUCAGCGUGGAAGCACAGCAAUCUUCACGUGCGUGGCCCUUGUUGACGGCAAUCUUAGUCUUCCGCUCAUUCAGUGGAGAAAGAACAAUCAGAAGCUGUUUGAAUCCCACAGUGAUGAAAAAUACACAUUUGAAGGUCCAAACCUCAUUAUAGCUAAUGUGGAGGAAGCGGAUGAGGGUGUGUACACCUGUCAGGUCAUCACUACUGUGGAUAUGGCUGAAGCCAGCAGCAACCUCACUUUAUGUGACCGUCCAGACCCUCCUGGCCUCCUCCAGAUUUCUGAUUCAAAGCAUCGUGCAGUUACUCUCAGCUGGACUCCUGGAGACGAUCAUAAGAGCCCUGUGCAAGAGUAUGUGGUAGAGUAUGAAGAUCAAAUUUCAAAAGAGAGGAGAUGGGAAGAGCUGCAGACAGUAAGUGGAAACAAGAAGCGGGUUGUUGUCUCCCUGUGGCCUUACAUGUCCUACCGUUUCCGGGUCAUUGCCAUCAAUGGGGUGGGCAAGAGCGAACCCAGCAAACCAUCUGAAAUCCACAACACACAAGCUGAAGCUCCAGACAGCAACCCGGAAGAUGUUAGAAGUGAAUCCACAGACCCGGGCACUCUGCUUAUCACCUGGAAGAAAAUGGACAAACGUAACUUUAAUGGGCCUGACUUCAAGUACAAGGUGCAAUGGAGGAAAGCGGUUGGCAGUGGGCCUACAUGGCAUAUGAAUGAAACAACAGCACCCCCAUUCAUUGUCAGGGAUGUUGGCAACUUCUCUGCCUUUGAAAUGAAAGUUCAAGCUGUCAAUGAAAUAGAUGACGGACCUGAGCCAGAUCCUGUGAUUGGCUACUCCGGAGAAGAUGUUCCACUUGAAGCUCCAAUGAGUGUGGGUAUUGAAGAAAAGAACAGCACUACAAUCAAAGUGGUCUGGGCACCUAUAGACAAAGAGACGGUCAGAGGGCUCCUGCUGGGAUACAAGAUACACCUGACCAGAACAGGUUCCAGGGGCCACCACAGAGGCCGAAGGUCUAGGGAGCCUGAGAACACUGUAGUAGUGGAGGCUGGGCCCCAUGACGUGAAGAAGACCAUCAGUCAUCUCAGACCAUAUUCCCACUAUGUCCUGGCUGUGGCUGUAUUCAACAAAAAGGGAGAGGGGCCCCUCUCUCAAGAGAUGCCUUUCAAAACUGAUGAAGGAGUACCUGGACCUCCUGCAUCCCUGAGCCUAGAUAGCCCAUCAGAGACAGAAAUGAACUUACGGUGGAUGCCUCCAGCCCAGCCCAAUGGAAUCCUUACUGGAUUUCUACUGCAGUACCAUCAGAUUACAGAGAGAGCUGAUGACAACUCCAUGCAGAUGGAGACUAUAGAUAACCCCAUGGUCACCCACUUCACCCUGAAGAAGCUGGACCGUCACAGCCACUACCGCUUCUACCUGAGGGGGCGCACUAAGGCUGGAGAUGGAGAGCCCAUAAUAAUGAUGGGUGCCACCACGCUAGAUGGAGCACCUCCUGCCAAUAUCAGCCUGGCUGUGGGGGAAAACUCAGUUAAUGUCAGCUGGAUUGCCAAGAAGAGACACAGGAGCAUAGAUUUCCAUAUCCACUACCUCAACAUGAAUGGUUUCAGUAAAUGGAAAAAGUCUGAGAAGGUGAACUCAGCUCAGUCCUUCUACCAGCUGCAGGGCUUGAGUCCGGGCUCUCGUUAUCAUUUGCUCUUAAUUUACAAGAACGUUUCAUUCUGGGGAGAUUACAUCAACACAGAAGGAACAGAAGUGAUGGAGAUGCAGCAAAACUUUGCAACACAGGGUUGGUUCAUCGGCCUUGUGAGUGCUAUUGUGCUGUUGUUGUUGAUCCUGCUCAUCCUCUGCUUCAUCAAGAGGAGUAAAGGGGGGAAGUACUCAGUGAAAGAUAAAGAGGAUGGUCCAAUGGACUCAGAAGCACGACCAAUGAAGGAUGAAACUUUUGGGGAAUACAGAUCUCUAGAAAGUGAUCUUGAGGAGAAGCGGACAGCCAGCCAGCCAUCCUUGUGUGAGGCAAGCAAGCUGUGCAGCGAGGACAACCUGGACUUCAAUGGCAGCAGUGCCAUAACCACAGAGCUCAACCUGGAUGAGUCUCUGGCCAGUGAGGGUCAGGAAGGGUUCCACAGCCUGCCGGAUAACUCCCCACUCAACCCCACAACCAUUCCCUCUGCUACCAACAGCAUGCCAAACUCAGUCAUUAUCCUUGAUUAACCCUUACACUACCACCUGGGACCAUCAGACCAAAAUAUGUCAACACAUAUGUGCCCAUACACUCCUUCUCCCUUCUGACUUGCUGAUCUGUAUUUUGACGUCCAUUACGCAAUCAAACACCGACUUUUCAGAUGCUCUUGGCAGUCAUCUGACUGAUUGGACUAUUUUAACCAAAGGAGGGUCCAAAAUAAUGGACCAUGUGACACAAGUCUGACUCUCCCCUCCCAUCUUCCUUUAUCUGCAGAGUUUACAUCAAAUAUAAAAGGCUAACAUUUAUUUCUGCCCCUUCCUUCACUUUUUUCUCUCUCAGCAAACCAUGCUACUCAAACAUAUAGACAGAAUGUUGUACAUUUAGAAUUAUCAGGGGUUGCAGUGGUGGUCGUAUAAAGAUGCAGAGUAGUGCAUUAAUUAAAUAUGGAGGGCGACGAUGGAGCCCGGUGUAGGGAAACAGACAGCUUAUGAUGCUACAAGUCUUGAAUUUAAUAUGUCUGAUAUUAUUUCAUGCAUAAUUUUAUAUGUUCAUUGCCAUUUGAUAGCUCAGAUUGUACUUUCCAGUGACAUUUUUUAUUUUUUUUACAACUGUUAUUAAAACACACAUUUUUGCUACCUGUCAUUUUUUCUUUAAGCAUAAUUUUUCAUAUUGUUUUCUACUCUGUUUAUAUAAAGCCUCUGACUUCUCUUUACAUAUUUCACAAUGAUGUUUUCAUUAAAUUCAAAUGAAGUCACGUUUCAGCAGAACUUGCAGUGAAAAUUCUGAGUAGCACCUGGUGUAUAUAGCUGCAUUUACAUCUAUCUAUUCAGCCAUAAUACAGUAUUAUAGAUAUGUACAUGCUCCUGAUAAGUUCCUGUGCCUGCUGGGUCUUCAUAAAGCACCAGACUGAUGUCAUUACAAUCUCGCCUUCCCACCUGAAGUGUAAUGUCAUUAUUGGAAAUGAAAUUGUAAUUUUUGGUGUCGAGACCUAUGUGUAGCUUUCUGUAUCUGUCUUUGUCUCUUUAUACACUGUAUUAAAACAUUGUUGUGUCUAACAAUCUUUUCAUACCUGUCCAUCUCAUACCACACAAUCUUAUUGAGAAGCAGUAUAUUACAGAUUGGAGAGUGGAGUCUUGUGGUCAGAUGCUCUCUCAAAUUUUAUUUUUAGACCGUUAUUGAUGCAAGCUUAAUAUUGGAGACAGGCGUAAUGAAUGCCAGUUACUGUCUGCUGGUAUUACUAUCAAAGAAUGUAUUCUUUUCAGGGUGAGGCGGAAUUUAUAUUUGCUUAAUCUUAAUCUGAGCAAGACUUUGGAUAAUGUAUGUUUAAGUAUCCUUUGAGUAUCCCCCCACCCCACCCCCCACCCACCCUCCACACACACGCAGAAUGUAAAUACAACUCUCAAAGAACCAUGUUUGAUAGAAAAAUGUGAAAAAUGUGCAGGUUUAUAAGACCUAGCUUCACUUUGAAAUGUUUCACUUGUAAUUUUUCUUCUUUGUCUGUAAUAUUUCUCUGAAUUCAAACUUUACAUUUCUGACAAAUGAUUGCAGUAAGGUUUGGGUGUAGCAAGAAUAGUUCAUAGCUGACAAAUAAAAAAAUUAAAAAGGAAAAAAUUCACAUUGUUCUGUAGAUGUUUACAACUAUAUAAAAAGUUGAAAAAAAAGUACAUUUUGUGUCUUUAGUGAAAGUAGGUACAUCACACAGAAAAUUGAGUUUGUGUUCAUGCACAUAAUCAUCCAGCAAUGUGUUGCAGUGUAGUGAAUAUCUGUGGAGUUUGCAGUUAUGCAGGGCAGGAAUGCAGUAAGCCAGUUAGUGCUCCCCCCUGUUCAAAUAAAAGCCUCUGGCCAAAUGUCACCUGACAGUUUCGAAAGAAGUAUGAUGUCCACAGGCUAGAGGCAAUAAAGGAGUUUUGUACAAGCUCCUUGUUUUUGGUUAAACAGACACACUCAGGACAACUUAAAGAAAAAUAAAUCUAUUUUCAUACAAGAACGACGACUGAUGCAAAAUAUGCCGAUAUUCUAACUCAACUAUCUGCUGCUAAACAUCUGUGUUUGUCAGUGUUUGGGAGCAAAUGUCCACUUUGAAUGAGGAAUGAGUGUACACACAGAUACUCACUCACCUGCCACUCACUCUUUGCUUUUCAUGUUUUGAAGGGGAAUGAUAGGAUGUUGGUUUCUUGUUUUUCCACUGUUGUUGCAGGGUUUUUUCUUUUUUUAUAGUUAAAAGAGAAAAAUCUUUUUAACUGGUUUGUUUAAAAGCAACUUCUCAAAAGCAGACAGAUGAAAAAGCAACGCUUAAGUAGGAGAAAGAGAAAACAUGGGAGACAUGGAGGGGUAGGGAGUGUGUGCCACUGCCGGAGAUGAUGUGCCUCUUUGAAGUGUUGGGUGCACUAUUAGCACAAAGAUGUUGUGUGUUUGUUUGGCAGGAAGUGAGUGGACUUGCACCACAGAUAGGGCCAAUAUAACUGUAACUGCAUUAUGAAUCUACCACUGUAACUGGAUAUAUGACUGAAAAAUAAAGUACCUGGAACAAUCUGUAACAAA